GGAUGCAGUGAAGCGCCUGGAGCUGGAGCAGAGGAAGAGGAGCGGCACCCCAAACCAGGAGGACGAAGAGCCGCUGCUCUUUCCACACAAUGUCCCUCAGAGCGGCUACGCGCGUGACCCGCAGCCUUUCAGGUCUUCUCCCCCGCUGGGGCCAUGGCCAAGCGCCUCCCCUCCUCUUCAGCCAGCAGAGAAACAACUCCACCUCUCCAAAGAUCAGGGUGGAGUUCAACCCCACCUCAGGCGUGGCCGUGAUGCACAUGCAGAGUCCUCCGGUCAACAGUCUCAGCCUGGAUUUCCUCACAGAGUUCUGCAUCGGCCUGGAGAAGCUGGAGAUGGAUAAGGGCUGCCGAGGCCUCAUCAUCACCUCCAGCCAGCCGAAGGUCUUCUCCGCCGGCCUGGACAUCCUGGAGAUGUACGGGAAGAGUCCGGAGCGCUGCGGAGAGUUCUGGAAGGCCGUGCAGGAGAUGUGGCUGAAGUUGUACGGCUCCGACAUGAUCACCAUAGCGGCGAUCAAUGGCUCCAGUCCUGCAGGGGGCUGUUUAAUGGCUCUGACCUGCGACUACAGGAUCAUGGCAGAUCAGCCUCGCUACACCAUCGGUCUGAAUGAGACGCUGCUCGGCAUCGUCGCGCCGUUUUGGUUCAAAGACACCAUGGCCAACACGGUGGGCCACAGGACCACGGAGAUGGCGCUGCAGCUCGGACUGCUCUACGACCCCUCGGAGGCCCUGAACGUUGGGCUGGUGGACCAGCUGGUUCCUGAAGAUCAGAUCCUCAGCGCCGCCACACAGACCAUGACCAAGUGGCUGGCUAUCCCAGACCACGCCCGGCAGAUCACCAAGUCCAUGAUGAGGAAGCCCACCAUCGACAGGCUGACGUCCAACAGAGAAGCUGACAUCCAGAACUUUGUCAACUUCAUCACCAAGGACUCCAUCCAGAAAUCUCUGCGCGCGUAUCUGGAGAUUCUCAAAAAGAAGAAGACUUAGAGGGAACUCUGAACUCCGCGUUUUCUUCUCGUCCGGAGGUCUUUGAAUGCAGCACUUAGCAUCUACGUUCAUCAGGCAGCAUCAGUGACAUCCAUUUGGGUGAACAUGUUUGUUGUCUGCCUUUACUGCAGCUUAGUCCAGAGAUGUUUGUGAAAGUCAACAGUUUAAGUGCCUGUUUUCACUGGACUUUGACCACCUGGUUGUAAGUCUGACCUGUUUUCUGUCUUUUUUCUUAAUAAAGAGUCAGAUCCAAACC